UGUGAACCGUACAGAAAUUAGCGGGAGGAAUUAUCGGGAUGUUCAAAAAUUAGGGAUAUAUAAAUUAAACUUGUAUAAAACUCGCAGUAAAAAGAAAAGCAAAUUAUGAAGGUCUAAAAAAGAAUGUAGAUAUAGAAUUCUUGUCCGGGGAACACCUCUUCAGAUUUGCAGAAGAUCAAAAUCCCAUAAUGGCAAACGCCGCGUCACAGAUGUUUAAAUUAAUACUUCUUCUUGGAAUAUACACAGCUUUUGUUUGGGGCAAUGAGAUUCCAGAAUCGGCUGAAGAGAAAAUUAUCGGUUGUUAUUUGGAAACCUGGGCAGUAUAUCGUAAAGCAGAGGAAAAAUUUGACAUAAAGAACAUCGAUGUGUCCCUUUGUUCCCACUUAUUUUACAGUUUUGUAGGACUUGGUGCAGAUGCUUCUGUUCGACUUUUGGAUCCAGGCCUAGAUAUAAAGAAUAGUGGAUUUAAAAAGUUCAAUGAUCUUCGGAUAAAGAAUCCAAAAUUAAAAACCAUGGUCUCAAUGGGUGGAUGGAACGAGGGAUCCGUUAAUUACACUAAAGUAGUCAAUAAUCCGAUUCUCCUUGAAAAAAUGGUUGUUAAUGUUGUCGAGUUUGUUAAAAAAUACGGAUUCUCUGGAUUCGAUCUUGAUUGGGAAUAUCCAAAUCAACGUAAUGGAACUGAUUCUGAUAAGAAGAAUUUUGUUUUACUCUUGAAGAAACUCAGAGAAAAAUUCGAUAAAGAGGACCUUAUUUUAUCUGUGGCGGUUGGUGCUAGUAAAGAAACUGCUGAGAAAUCGUAUGACAUUAAGGGAAUAUCUAAGUAUGUGCACUUCAUAAAUUUAAUGACUUACGAUUUCCACGGAAUCCUUGAUAAGAAUAAGAGAGUUGGUCAUAAUACUCCAAUGCAUCAUUCACCAAAGGAACAUGGGGAGGAUCGCAAGUUGAACAUUGAAUAUGUAGUGAAUUACUGGCUUUUGGAAGGUGCUGAAGCGAAAAAGUUGAUACUGGGAACUGCCUUUUACGGAAAGUCAUAUACUUUGGCUGAUCCAAAGCAAGUUGGUAUAGGAGCACCGUUUUCUGGUGAAGGCAAAAUUGGUUCAGGAGCAUAUUACCAUAUUUGUCAAUUGGCGAAAAAUCCAGAAUGGACGCAUAUCCGCGACCAUGUACAGCAAGUGCCAUACAUGUACAAAGAGGAUCAAAUUAUUGUGUAUGAUGAUGUUCAAUCAAUUAUGAAAAAGGCUGAAUUUGUUCUAAAAAAUAAGCUUGGUGGAGCUUUUACGUGGAGCGUAGAUCAAGAUGAUUUCUAUGGGAACUGUGGAGAAUAUUCCCCGCUUUUAAAGACUUUGAACCGAGUCCUCCGAAGAAGAUUUUAAUUUCUUGUGCAUAUAAUUGACCAGGAAAUAAAAAAGUUUAGUUUUCAAGCUAAAAAGUCGAUUUUUUAAGAAAACAGUUGACUUUAAAACCCGAUAAGAAGAACUGA